UAUUUUGAUUAAAUAUAUAAUUUUAUAAUAUUUAUAACAUUUUAUAAUAAAAUAUUUUGUUUUUUUAAACAAAAUCAAUUUUUUAAAUCUAUUUUAGUGAAAGGAUGAUAUUACUACACCUAUUUCUCUAUACAGUGUUUUACAUUAAAAAAAGUAAUAUUAUUAAAUAUUUUAUAAUUUUGACCAUAGAUCCGAUAAAACAAUAUAUUAGUGAAUAGAAAUAUGUUAAAUGUUUAAUUAAAUAUAUUAAUUAUUAAGAAAGUUAUUGCGCAAAAUGUAAAUGGGAGAGAAGAGAUCAUAGUAUCACUUUUUCUUUUAUAUAUCGCGACAUGUUGCUCUACGUUGCGUUACAACGCGUCAGAUCGACACUGAUCCUUUAAAAUCUGUACGCACUUGAAAUUUUUGGUUAUACCAUAUUGCCAGCAAUCGAAUUUUAAAAGCAAAUUGCAAUCAGCAUGGAAGAGAUGGAAGAUAUAAAAGAAGAAAGAAAAGAGAUCGCACGAUACACGCGUGAUCAUCGUGGUCACCAUUAAAUCCUUAAAUUGAUAGCAACUCAUACACAAUGAGCUUCAUUUAUAAUCGCUGACUUUAACUCGAGCUACUUCGGCCGAUUACGAAAUGCCAGAAGCAAGUCACACUACCGCAAGUAUCUUUGCCAAACAUCGAACUUGGAACGUCUAUAAUGCUUAAGAAUAUAGCUUUAGCGAGUAAAUAUAGCUGAGCGAGACACUUUUUUGCGACUGUGUGCAUCACUUUGAUCAUGUUAUUAUCGCGCAUUUAGAAUACAACGCGAGAAUCGAAGCAGUACGUUUCGCCGCAUGGGUGCCUGGGUUGACGAACGUUUUGCGGAGGAGGAGGUGGUCCCAAGUAAUCAAAGUGCUACUUGGAUUUGGAGAAUCCGAGGCCGCAAUUGCAAUGGUGGUGGCCCAUUACAUGGUCGACCGGGUGCCGACUACCAAUCGCCAAUCAACUUUACAUCAACCUGGUCGUCAGCAUCUUUAUUACCGUUGCGUCGUCAGUUUAGCAGACAACUCUACGAGUGGCCUUGUUUACCGUUGUUUAAGUCAAGGACGAAAUUAGACCUUUAUUAAAUCGAUCGUUCCAAUUGAAGAGAAAGACCACUGAAAAUUUCUGGCAAAUACAGAUGCUCGCAUUUGUUACUCGUGUGUGAUUGUAUGUGUUUAUGUAUGUGCAUUGUACGGGAUCGGUUUCGAAAAAGAAAAUUGAAUAUUUUAAUAUCUUGAAGAAAAGUAAAUCCCGAAAAAGAAUACUCUUUCCCUAUAAUCUUCGUUUCUUCAAUAUGGCCGAGUGGACCAGAUUUAAUGAUGGAGACAAACAGAUUCAACUCGACGAACAAACGAAUAACAAUACGACUAUAAGACGAUCGUAUACUGAAACAAGCGACGAUGAAAUUAUCAACGAAGGCGAAUUACAUAUGGCAAACAAUGAAAACAAUUGCAAUUGUGAUGAUAAUUACGAAGAGAUUCGAAUUGUAGACUCGAAUUCGGUUCGGGAAUCGCCGUACAUCAAUGACUUUCAAAACAACUUAGAGUCAUUAGAAAAUGUACGAGAGGAGGAAGAUAAAGUAAGAUUUGUAGAUAACAAUCCGGAAAAAGCGGAACAAUCGGGCUCAAAAAUACGUUGGGAAGCUCAUCAAGAACUAAAAGAAGCCUCGCAAAAUAUACAAAAUUCACCUAAAAGACCCAACAGUCUUUACAAGGAAGAUGCAUCUAAUCCGCAAAAGCUUAAAAAUGUUUUCAAUGAGAGAAGUCAAUCAAUUUUCGGGUCCCCCACCAGAAUUUUGUCAUCUAAGGAUCAUUCGUCAACAGAGAAGCUUACCGAAAAACUCGUGAACGGCAAGUCUCCUAAGGAGGACAAGCAACAGUAUCACGUGCAAUUCAACAAAAAGUCCCAAAAGCAGCAGCUACAUAUCCGUCACACACCCGACGAGGAAAGACCGCAUCCAAGUUCGUCAAUAUCCACAUCUACCACAAGCAGUUCCGAAGACAAUUCCAGCUUAGGACAGUUUUGCGAAGCUAGGCCUCCAGACGGAGGUUGGGGUUGGAUCGUCGUAGCGGCUUCUUUUAUGGUAAACUUGAUCGCGGAUGGUAUUACCUUUUCCUUUGGUGUAAUAUACGUAGAAUUUCUCAAUUACUUCGGCGAGGGCAAAUCUAAGACAGCGUGGAUCGGCAGUCUUUUCAUGGCAAUGCCAUUGUUAUCGGGACCAGUGGCAAGUUUCUUAACCGAUCGGUACGGAUGUAGAAAAGUGACGAUAGCCGGUAGCAUUUUGGCAACGGCCGGUUUCGUCGUAAGUUCCUAUGCGAGUUCUAUGGAAGUACUCAUCUUCACAUUUGGUAUCGUAGCAGGUUUCGGUUUGUCCUUGUGUUUCGUCGCGGCGGUAGUAAUCGUAGCAUAUUAUUUUGACAAAAAGAGAUCUUUUGCUACCGGUUUAUCGGUAUGCGGCAGCGGAAUUGGAACUUUUAUCUUCGCACCUGUCACACAAUAUCUUUUGGCUGAGUACGGCUGGAGAGGUACCACACUGAUUCUGGCAGGAUUGUUUUCAAAUUUAGCUGUAUGUGGCUGUCUGAUGCGAGACCUUGAAUGGACCACCACUAGAGCAAAAGCGAAAACUCAAGAAAGAAGAAAGAAUCGGGAAAAGAAGAGAUCUAAAAUACAAAGCUCCAGCGCAGACUCGUUUUCCGCCACCAGUUCUGCGAACACGACCAUGCAAACGCCUCACGGUGAUUCCAAAAGAGGUUUUGCAUCGGCCAAUGCGAUGAUUAUCGAGAAUCUUCGGCCGCAGGAUGGAUGUGACGAAGAAAGUGGUGAAAAGUUAUUCUCUAGUUUAGUAAAUUUGCCUACCUUUGUCAAGAACGGGGAGAAAGUGCCUCUGGAGGUGUUGGAACUGCUCAGUACGAACAAGACCGUUUAUAAUGUCCUCUUGCAAAACUAUCCAAGUCUUUUAAUAUCGUCGAGGAGUUUCAGCGAUUCCGGAGCGCUGCAUGAUCAACUAAGUACACCCUCGGCCCGAUUUAUAUCUACGCCGAGUCCAUUAGUUGAAUUGCGAGCUGAAGGUAAGGACAAGGCCAAUGAUGAUCGAAUUUUGCGCGAUGAACAACAGCAACAGCAGCAACAUCAGUCGGUAGAACCGGCAUAUUUAUGGUGGCUGAAGAAAAUCGAUUCCGACACUCCGUUAAGGCGAUCUAGCACAUUGGAACAGCCAAGAAGGCUACCCACUGCUUAUUUAAAAGAUAUCAGGAUGCAUAGACAUAGUCUGACUUACAGAGGCGCUAUGCUCAAUAUCAAUCGAUAUCGUUUGAGAGCUUCCAGCUGCCCGGAUAUCUACAGAAAUUCCAUGACUACGAUCGCCAAGACAAAGCUUGUCUGGUACGCUGGACUCUGGGAAUUUUGGGAUUUGAUCGUUGAUAUGUUAGACUUUUCAUACUUUACCGAUCCAAGAUUCCUGCUAUUCGCAGUCAGCAACUUUCUCUUGCACACGUGGUACGACGUGCCUUACGUCUAUCUGACGGAUAAUGCGAUCGAAGUUGGAUUUAGCGAGACGGACGCGUCUAUUCUGAUCUCUGUGAUUGGAAUCGCCAACAUGGGCGGUGAGAUUCUUCUAGGUUGGGCUGGCGAUAGGGCUUGGGUGAAUGCAUCUAUUGUUUACGCAGUGUGCAUGGCUCUCUGCGGUACCGUUACCGCUCUGAUACCGAUAGUUGUCAGCGAUUAUUACACUCUAUGUGCAAUCUCUGGUGCCUUUGGAUUAUUCAUCGCAGCAAAUUACAGUCUCACCAGCAUCAUUCUUGUCGAGUUGAUCACCUUGGAGAAGUUUACGAACGCCUACGGUCUUCUAUUACUCGUUCAAGGAAUCGCCAAUCUCAUGGGCCCUCCAUUAGCUGGAUGGCUUUACGAUAUUACGGGCACGUACGACCUGUCUUUCUACUUAGCGGGAUUGUUUAUUGCGUUAAGCGGCGUAUUGUUAUUAGUGAUGCCUUUGAUUGGUUUGUAUCGAAAGUAUCGAAACGAAUUCAGGGGGGUAACUACCGACAAGGAUUUUAAUGCGAUAAACAAUGUGUAAAUAUGCCAAUAUUAGUUUGAUUGUCGAUAUUAAAGGAACUAGCCAGAGACAAAUAACCGAUGGUUGUUUCUGUAAUUAUAAUGGCGGUGUCAAAGCAAUACAGAUUGCGAAAAUUGCUAUAGGCACCCCUUAAUUUUGUGUAGUGUCAUUCCGCGACAUGAUGCUGUACACGAGUUGCUCGAGCCGGCUGUGGUUACAUAGUUAUAAUUAUAGUUUGUCGAAAUACCUUUGCGGGUUUAUCGAUUCUCCGUUAAAAAUAACUAAUAUGAGUGACUCAAGAAAUGUUAUGUAAAGUAAAAAUGAUAGCAAGUCGCAUUGGUCAAAUUACGACUUUGCGUGAUUAUUAGUUAAUGCUUUAGCAAAUCUUUAAGAAAUAUAUCAGUUUGUUUUUCUAAGACAUCUCUUAGACAUUGUGCAAAAAAAUUAUUUUAAGAAUACAAGUAUAGCUUCUUUUUUUAAUAUUUUCAAUAGCAUAGAUAACGAUAUUACGAGCGAUAUUAUAUAGUAAUAUAUGUACAAAUUAGGAACAUGCCGCUUGCGAUAAUAUAAAGGCAAAGGGCCUGCGGGAAGCUCGUUACGAGCUACGCGUUGUCAUCGAUGAUUAUAUCUUAUCCGAACAUAUAAUAUACCUUUUUCGCACGGCAACAAUUAACAAUAAGUAUAAUUUUGAAUCUCAGGAUAUUAUCAGCAAUCGAUAUAUAUAUUAUGUCGAAAUCGAUGCAUCUAUCCCGAUUUGCGUGUAUCAAAAAAAUGUAUAAGCUCUGUGCAUGCUUGUAGUCGUUAUUUCUUCGUCUAACAAAUUGUAUUCUGAAGUUAGAGUGUACAUACAGUUGACAAUUGACAGAUUAUCCCCUUUCCUUUGGAUAAUCGUUACCGUUACUUUUUUCGAUAACGAUUUAGUAACGCCGUUACUUGCUUUUAUUUGUAACGAAAAAGUAACGAUGUUACAUUUUCUUUUGUAACGGUAACGAAAUUGAUCGUUAUUUUCCCGGGAAAAAAA